AUGUUCGAAGAUACACGGAAUUGGUAUUAUAAUGCUUGCAAACAUUGCAAGUCAAAGGUUCAAAUAGUUAAGGUUUCAGAUGAGACGGUCAAUGGUUUGGACCAGUUAGACGAGAAAGAGAUUAUGGUUUGUACAAAUGAAAAGUGCAAGGACAAACUUAUUACUACUGAACCAAGUUUUAUAAUCACAGUUCGAGUUCAAGGUUUAGUUGGUGUUGUGAGUCUUACGAUCUUUGAUCGUGAAGUCGGAAAUAUUCUAAAAUUAUCUCCUGCUGAUUUAUUAUCAAAAUAUAAAAGGUUUGGCAAUACAAGUGAGUUUCCUAUUGAGUUGAAUGCCAUGAUCGACAAAAACUUGGCUUUCAAGAUUGUUGUCAAGACAUUUAAUGUUUCAAGAUUUGGUCGUUCUUACAACAUUUCCAAAAUAACGGAUAAUGUUGACAUUAUUUCUGCUUUGGAGAAAAUUGAGAAAAAUAGUAGGAUUGAACAGGACAUGGAUACUGAAUCUGUUAAUAUAAUUGGCUCAGAAUUUGCAUCUCAAGAAACAGUGGGUUGUAUGGAUGCUACUUCCUACACUGCUGAUAAUACUCCUGUGUCGAAUAUUCCCUCUGGCAUAUCAUCAAGAACAGUCAACAACCUCAAUUCACCGCCUACAAGUGACAAACGUAAACUUGUAGAUGUUUACGAUCUUGAUGAUGACGUUUAUGAAUCAGCAACGAAACCUAAUGCACCCCGUAUUGGAGAUGGCAAAGUUGGUGGAACAACAAAAUUGUUGAUUCCUAAAAUUCAAAAGUGA